UACAUUAUCUUAUGUAGGCUCGAGAGAGAUCACAAUAAAACAGUGGUGCACGUGGCUAUGCUGUAUUUGUGGUUGUAGGUGGGCCUUUAGCUGCAAACACCUUUUACAGAUGAUUAAACAAUGCUAGUUAAUAAUCUCAAUCGUUAUGUCCAAGACAAACAUUAACAUAACGUGCUAAGAUGCACAAUAACAACGGUACGCAAAAGUCUGAGUGGGCUUGUGAAUGACGUCUAUCAUUUUCCAAAUAAAAUAUAGCCUAAGUAACUACAUAAAGCUGACGUUUGUCAAAUUUGAACAUAUGACAUCUUCUGUUCUGAGGGUCAAUGAAAUGAUGAUAAGCUAGGCUACCACUGAUAUCUCAGCUAACCUAGCUAGCUAGUCCAGUUAAAAGCGAGGCUAGCUAUGCUAGAAUAGGGUAAUAAUGCUACACACCAGCUUGCGUCCAGAAUCUGCACCAGCUUCCAUGAUCUGAGCCCUUGCCUAGUGUAUCUGUUCAGCCCUUCAUUUAAAAAAUUAUAAUAAUCACAUUUAAACUAAUUAUCACUGCGUUUCGACUCAACUAAGUGGUAACCAUAUUUGUUUUGUGCUGGAUAACGUCACCGACAGAAUCAAAACAUUGUUGGACAACGUCAUGCGUCACCUCCCACACUACUUAUUCUUCACGUCAACUAUGAAAAUAGUUCUGAAUGUAUAACAAACAAAUGCUAUUACAUUUAUUUAUCCGACUUUUUCGCGGUCUGUCAUAGACCUGCAAUUGCAUGCACAACAAAGGCUGCUUGGAGUCCGCAUGCAUGCUCGCUCGCUCUAGUUUAGAUCCCUCAAUAUGGAUAUAUUGCAUGCAUGUACGCUAUUGGGCACAAUGGUCAGUGGGAACAUUGUCUAAAAUUAUUAAAUUGAUUUUUGCAAAUUGUUAGUUAGUAGCUAGACAUUUGUAUCAACGUGUCAUGCGAAUAGCUCAAUUAUAAUCAUCCACUGUCGUUCAAAUUAUUAUAAAUAAUUUGCAAGUAUAACUGACACUUUGGUUCGCAUUCUUCACCGGCAUACGUUUCAGAUAGCCAGGUUCUAUUUUCCACGAAUGGCCCUGCAUGACUGACUAAUGACAGUAACCAAAUUAUUGUACGCACUAUAAAUAUCGUUUCAGAGUAACUAGUUACAAUGUGAAAGUUUAAAGUAUUUCUGUUUGUAUGAUCCAACUAACUUAUUAUGAAUAGGCAGAAUUGUGCGUAGUUUAUUUAGCUUCGCCGCAAUGGCUUAUGGGUGCAGCCAGCUCGAGCGAAACAGCAGGGUCUAGGUGUUCGGUUCAGAGGCGCUGCAGAAGAAGUAGACGCCACAUACGUAUCAAACCACGCCUGUUCAGUCUAUUCAAUUUCAUCGGCACAAUGAGUCUGAACGAGCAUUCAUUGCAAGCACUGUCUUGGAGGAAGCUUUACUUGAGUCGAGCAAAACUGAAGGCUUCCAGUCGAACGUCUGCUCUACUAUCUGGGUUCGCUAUGGUAGCAAUGGUGGAGGUUCAGUUGGACACAACCUAUCCUUACCCACCUGGUCUCCUCAUUGCAUUCAGUGCCUGCACCACUGUGUUGGUGGCCGUUCACCUUUUUGCCCUGAUGGUUAGUACCUGCAUCCUGCCUAACAUUGAGGCAGUCAGCAACGUUCACAACCUCAACUCAGUGAAGGAGUCUCCACAUGAGAGAAUGCACCACCACAUCGAGCUGGCCUGGGCCUUCUCUACAGUCAUUGGCACCCUGCUGUUCCUGGCUGAGGUUGUACUCCUCUGCUGGGUCAAAUUUCUACCCAUUAGGCCUAAGAACCACAACCCCAACAAUGGGACCAUAUCUGCAGGUGUGGCUGCUGCCAUCACCUCCACCUCUAUCAUGGUGCCUUUUGGCCUGAUAUUUAUAGUAUUUGCUGUACAUUUCUACCGUUCCCUUGUCAGCCACAAGACAGACAGGCAGUUCCAGGAGCUGGAGGAGCUAUCCAACCUGACCAGGCUGCAGAAUGAGCUGGACGGCAGAGGGGAGUCCCUCAUGCAAUCCCCCAGCUCUCAAUUCCCUUAAAGACUGACCACUCUGACAAGAUAGAUAUCUCUACCACGACAAUAGUUUUGCCAUUAGUUUGACAUUGCUAUUAAAAACACAACAUAAUUUAUAUGAAAGUGUUGUGCUACACACUGUUUGAAAUGUUCACAUUUCUAGAUUUUUUAACUUGCAUAUAACUGUAAAACUAUGCCACUUAACGCAUGUACGCAUUUUCAACAGAAAAAAACACCACUGUCUUAACUGGCACUUGGAGCAUUGUAUUGUGGACAGUUAAAAAAUAAAUAAUCCAUUUACCUUGCAGGUAAUAAUGCAUGGGGCUGAAGAGGGCUCUCAUUAACAAUCUAUUGUGACAAGGUAGCUUGCUUUAUUGUUAUGAGCACCACUGAAGGUCUUAUGGUGUUUUCAAGACAACUCUGAACCUCGUGCAAGUUAAAAUUUGCGUAGAGCUUCCUAUUGGACGAUUCUGAUAUUUUUGAAGUGGGAAACCCAUUCCUCAUCUUUCUACAAUGAGUUUCCAAGCAGGAAAUGUUAGUUCAGAGUUGUCUUGAAUGUGGCAUUACUUCUGUAAGAGGUGAAUAUGUUCUGAUUUUACUUUUUAGAGUUAACGUUUGAUAUUAAAUGUAAUCGGCCUCCUUAAGUUAUUUGUAGUCCAAAUGUUACUGCAUAAACUCACAACAGUUUACUACUAUGUAAACAAUUUGUUAUUGAAAUAAACAUUUUGUACCGUG